AUGAGCGAGGAACGGGCAGGAGAGGUGGCGGCCGCCAGUCCCCCUCCUUCCGAACAGAACGCGGCCAACAAUGUUGCAGAGCCUGUCCGCUCGUCCGAUCUAGAUCACACGCCAAUCGCACAGACUCAGUCAACUGUCGCGACCGAGCAAAAUGCGCCACCCGAACAUUCAUCUCCAGACGGAUCAAUCCCUGUCUCGGGAUCGGAGCGUGACGUCGAGGCCUUGACCGCGUUGCAGGACCGCACUGAACAUGCCCCGGACACCAACGCCGCCAACACUGCAGCGGUCCACUUGGCUUCAGCGUCCAACUCACCUCAGGUGGCCGGGGCAACCAUAAAAAAGUUUACAUCCCUCAAUGUCAACAAGCGGUUCCUCGAGAAAGCUGGACCCACCACCUCCGUGCCUUCGCCCGCCACUCUCAAGCUCGGCACCUCGGUCUCACCGCUGCCCUCCCACCGCCUUUCUUCGCCCUCCGCCACCUCACGCUUGAUGUCUGCAAAGCUCUCUAGUGUUCCCAAACCUCAGCCUGCAGGCUGGGCUACUACCAAGCCGACUCCAGCUACUUCCGCCGCGAAGUCGCCCCCAACCUCUCAAACACCAGCAGCUACCGAGUCAACGCCAACCUCUGCCGCCGCUACGAAUGUGACACUUGCCACCGCUGCCGCCCCUCCUCAGGCCGAUCCACUGCCAUCCGAAGCGUCAGCACCUCUGCCGAAAGCAGUCCAGAGCCCCAAGCUAGCCAACGUGCCCGCAGUGACGACUUCCAACGGACCUGCCAAUGUCGCCACGACGCAAGCUCCUGCAGCUCCCUCGCCGCGACUCGUCAGCAUGGGCAGAGAAUCACCCAGGCCAGGUUCUGCCGGUCUUGAAAGUGGCUCCGGCCACGGUCGAGCCAGUCCUGGGCUCCGCAAUGCUGCGCUCGGGUCCUCCUUGCGUGCUCCUAGUCCAGCCAACGUCAGCCGUGCCCCGUGGGCGGGCGUCAAGUCUAGCUUGUCGCCCAAUCCCCCUACCACUCGAGGCAGCAAACUCUCCGACUUUCCCACUGCAGCAGAGGCCGCAAAAGCAAAGCAGGAACAGGAAGAAAGGGCAGCUGCAGCCGCUGCACGCGAGGCCGCCAAGCAGCAGGCGGCUCUUCAGGCGCUUGAUCGCUUCAGAGGCACCUCGCUCGGUUCGGGAAAGCAUUGGGACGAGAUGGAGGACGAAGAUGGCGGUUUCCUCGGCGAGGUGGUCGAAUUCGGCGAUGGAUCACAGUACAAGAUUCCGUCGUCCAACGAUGGCUCCCGCGGCGCUGGCGACGAGGGUCCGCCCGUCUCCAAAGAAGACCGUUUCAAGGAUGUCAGUCACGACCGCAGUUGGCCUCAGCAUAACUUGCCGCGACCUGCUGACACCAACCCCAAUGAACGUGCCAGACAAGCUGCUGGCCCGCAGGCGGCCUGGGGUCCUUCGAAGAACCGCGAGAUGACCACAUCAGCUUCCAUCGAGACUGCGCAGACGCAGACCUCAUCUCGACCAUCCCGCUCAGAGCAAAGAGCAGAAAAGCUUAUCAUCCCCACGGUGGGUGCUUCCGUCUCACUGCGAUCCCCGACAGAGAGCAGAGAAUCGACGGCGUACGCGUACGGUCGCGAACGUCGUCCAGGAGUCGGCGCAGCGCCUUAUGGUGGCCGACACGACCAAGGAGGCCCGCCACCAGCCGCCCAGGCUGCAUCCGCUCAAGCGGCAAGAGCUUGGGGUCCGCUUGCUCAGCGACAAGCUUCCCUCAACCCUGGUUCUGCACCACCAGCAAGUGCGCCCCUCAAGCCAUCCGCUCCUGCCGAUCCAAGUCCAGCACCCGUGGCCGCAGCCGUUCCAACAGCUCCUGAGGCAUUCAGGCCUACUGCAUCGCUGCCUCCGGUUCAACAACAACAACAACAACAACAACAACAACAACAACAACAACAACAACAACAACAACAACAACAACAACAACAGCAGCAGCAGCAGCAGCAAGGUGUCCCUCGGAUCGCUCCGCAGUCGAUCCGAGAGAAACCCACGGCGCCAAACCGAGAGAUUCAGCCUCCAGCAGCUGGUCCUCCCGCCAAUGGCCGCCCUUUGCCUCCUCACCUUCUUGUUGCAGGCUCUGAGGAACACCGUCCACCCGCGCCAUCGAACCGGCCUUUACCGCCCCAUCUAGCGCAAAACCUGCGUCCCGCCGCUCCUGCUUCAUCUGCCGACACUUUCGGUCGUAGAACCUCGCAUGCGUUCGAGGAGGCACGACGACCGCAGGCUGCUCCUCUGCUGCACCCCCCAAGCGCGCCAAGCCAAAGCCUUUCAGGCCCCGGUUUUAUUGCCACGCAAGCUCAAUCGACGUCACAAGUGCGCGAAGAUGGCUCCGCUCGAGCGCCGUGGGGUCCUAGAGCGAUGGUUCAAGCCCGAGGACAGACUGCCGCCGAUGCACCUGUCCCUCAACCUCCUGCGCUUUUGAAGCGACCUUCAGCGGAUCCGCCCGCAGCCGGACCAGAGGAGGACGUGCACGCUUCCAUCGAGCGCGCCCGAAAGCGACGAGAAGAGGAAGAGCAAGCACGAUUGGCUGAGAAGGAACGGGCGCGCCAGAAGGCUCUCGCAAUCGAGGAAAAAAUUAGGGCUGCUGAGCAGCAGAAGCAGGAGAAACAAAUCGAGGCACAGAAAGCGGCUCAGAGGCGAGCAGAGGAGACAGCGAAUGCCGCUCUCGCCGCCGUCGCUUCCGCUCAGGCAGCAGCUCCAUCGCUCCGAAAAUUGGGUCCAGCAGAUAGCGCCCCGUCUUGGCGGACUGCGCGUCCAGAGACUUCCGCCGUGGAGAGCGGUUUGGCAAGGUCACGCCAACAGAAAGUGACGGCGAUCCCGGCGGACCAUGCCAGCGCCACGUCGACUACAGUCUCGACCGAGCAGACGCGCCACGGAAGAGUUGUUCCGUCGCAGCGUGGACCUCGAGGUGGAGAUGAACGCCUCCCGUCUCGACCAGAGCAGCGAGAGCAGAGGAUCGCACAGUCCAAGGACGAGCACUGGCAGAGACGCGCACCUGUUUCGGAUACGGUCUCUCAGCUCAGUCUGCAACGCCCAGAUGGCGAAGCACGACCCGCCGAACUGACCACCAAGACGGAAGUGGCCGACGUGCCCAAGACUAUCCUCUCGAGGCACGCCAUAUCACCUCCUGCACCUGCGGGAAUUCGUGUCCCGCGUACGGUACCCGUUCAAAGCGCAGACGUGAGGUCGCAAAGGAACGACGCUGCGGUCGCAGAUCGUCCCGCUUCCAAGAGCUCGUCUGCAACAAAACCUAGAGAGACAGCGACUCAGGAAAAAUCGCCUCGCGCCGGGGUUUCUACGGCGUCCAAGGCCCCAGUGCCUGUCUUGGCACCAGCUCCAGUGCGAGUGUACCCUUUCGUACCCAAGGAAGCGGUCGAGACGAAGCAGGAAGCUGCUCAGGACGCACCUCCCGCCUGGAACCGCUUCGUUGUGCACUUGCAGGCUUCACGCACUCGACCGAAGCUCAAUCGCUUCCAGCAGAAGCAGCUUCUCGCCCGGGUUGCGGCCAUGAAAGCACCUGGACGAGCCAUCUACCCCCUCACGUGGGACCCCCCUCUAGCGCAUCUCCCCUUCAAGACAUUGUCACGCGACGACCAGCUUUUCCCAAAGCGAUACCAUCGUGGCACUGUCAUUGCGCCUGUCAAGCUUCCAUCACGCGUGUUGCCGCGGGGCCUCCCCUCGAUCGUUCCGUACGUCAUGUCGCAUAGCGCAAAUAGCGGCGCGAGGAAGCAGGCUCGUUUCGAUCUCACUCCGCACUGGUCCGAGGGGCAGCGAGUUCCUGGACUCGGCAACGGGUUUGGGGCAGAAGCACAGACUCCGAGCUUGUCCGCAGCGGGCCAGAUCCAAGUGCGUCUGCCUGGUCAUCACGCCACCGUCGUCCAGCCUCACGCUGCUGGAGCCAUGCCUGACGGCGUGCAGGCUGCUACGCCAGCUGUUGGGCGUCGAAACCACCACGUCGAUGCGACCACUGACGCCAUCAUCGGCGAGGUACUCUCGUCCGGCGCACCACAGUCUGUGUUUGAUGAACGCAGCAGGUCAGCUUUCCAGGCAGCUCCCGCACCUGGCUCUUUGGGCCCGCUCGACUAUCCGCAGAACGGAUACUCGGCAGAAGCCUUCGCGCAUCACCCUGGAGGUGGCUACCGAGCCAAAGGACGCCGCGGAUCGAACGCUGCUGUGGCCUUCUACGACGACCGUCAAGUCAGCACGCCUUCUCCUGUUUCCUUCAUGGUCAACAGCGAGAUCAAAGCUGACGCCGGAGGAGCACGCGGCAGCCUGUCGCCAUUUGCCAUUCCGGGCUCCACACGAGCCGCGCAAGCGCAGACACCCGGCAGCGGAGGGUCGAUGCUGCCCUCUCCCAGCUUAUCCACGCAAGGAACCUGGGGUCAGAGCUCGCUAACCUUCCCGGUUCUAGAGACGCGCUCUUCGAACUUGGCGGACCGCGACCACAUCAAGAGUGUCUGGUCGCUUGCCACCAACUCUCACGCCGGCGAGAUGCAGAACUCGCUCAAGGACAUCGGCGACGAUUUUUUGCCUUCGACUUUACCAAUGAGCGUGCACGACUUCCGUGCGGACGACGGGCACGCGAGGGGCACGCAGGAGGAGCGCGACACCUGGGCCCCUUCCGCUUUUGGCCGCUUCCAGCAGUACGGGCGCAGUCAGCACGACAUGACCUCCAACUCACGCGACCUCUCUCCGGUGACCAAUCGAUCUAAUGGCUUCGACCCCACUUCGCGCAGUCCUGCUUUGGGCAUGGACGCGUCUGCCGCGGCUGCCGCACGCGCUCGCGAGAACGGCCAGCACUAUCAGACGGUUUCGCAGCAGGCUUCGAAUGCGUACUCGCCCCUCAACGGUGGAGCGUACGGUCACCAUCAGGCAUCCUCGUACUCGCCUCAAGAGCGACAGCAGGACGGAGCGAGUGGAUUGGGCCAGAGCGCGUUCGGAGCCUUUGGUGGGUACAGCAGCGGUGUAUCGGGCAACAACAGCAGCAACAUGUCGAGCAUGACGACCGACUCGCUCUACACGUCCAACUACAGCGGAGGUUCCAUGACGCCGAACCGCCAGACGUAUGGGCAGUACGGCUCGCACGCUUCGACGGCACGCUCGGCACCGGGAUCGCCGUACAGCGGCGUGAGCCGUCACUCGAGCAACCUCACGAGCGGAUUGUCGGGCUAUUCGCUAUUCCCAACCAGCGGCAGUGGUACGUCUAGUGGCAGCGUUGGUGCAAGGAGCUCGCAGACUGCAAACGGGAUGGAUGCGCUCGGUGUGCUUGAUGACGCUUCGUUCGGCUCGGGCAGGAAUCAGUUCUACGGCGCACGAGGCUACCAAUCGCAGCAGCAACAUCAGCAGCAGCAGUCGCAGUCGCAGUCGCAAACUUCGGGCAAGUGGUCCUCGACGACGGCGGGUGCAGGAUCGAACAGCAACAUCAGUGCAGCAGGAAGCGUGCUGCGUCCAGCAGCGAGCGUGUUCAAUCCGUCCAAGUACUCGGUGCAGCAGCAGCAGCGAGCGUCGCAACCGCAGUCGCAGAGCCAGCAGGCUCGACUUGGACAGCACACCUCACCUUCAACGCAGCAGCAACAGCAGCAUCAGACGGCAGAAUACUCGCUCGACGCCGCCUCGAGCAGCAACAGCGCAGGCCCGAUCGAUCAGCGCGAAGCUGGCCAGUACGGUAGUAGUUCUGGUGGAGCAGGGUAUGGUGCGGGCUAUGGGGCCUUUUCGUCGAGUGCUGGGUUGUGGUAG